ACACAGAUGUCAGCGGAGUUUCUCAAUCUGUCACUUUGCUCGGUGGAGACCGUUUGAUGGAGGAAGGAAGAAAAACUGGACCACUGCAAGCCGCCACUUUUCUGACAACUUCUUCGAACCGCCUACCCAUGAAUACUUCCCCCCGACGGCGCAUUGCUACCACCCUUUAGCCGUCCUACCUGUUAGCUCGUUUCAUUUGACAGCCGCGGAGCAACACCCAUGCGCCCGUGUCAGAAGUUACCAAGCUAACAGGGCUAGCUGCUGAAGCUGCUGCUGCUGCUACUUCACGUAGCUAUGUUUUCUCAGUCCGACUUGAAGCCUCCCGCGAAAAAAAGCACUUUCUGUUUUGGUUUUUAGCUCCAAAAGUAAGUGGCAGUUUUUUGGAGGGGGGAAGGGGGACCAGUUUUGUCGUUGCUUGAACACGAAGCUAUCAAUCUGUCAGAAAUGGGACUACACCCGCUGGAAUUCAGUGAAUGCUAUCUGGACAGCCCCAGCUUCAGGGAAAAAAUCAAGGCACACGAAGCAGAGCUGGACAAAACUAACAGGUUCAUCAAAGAGCUGUACAAAGAUGGGAAGAACCUCAUCAAUGCAACCAAGCAGCUUGGGAUGGCACAGCGAAAGUUUGCCCAGUGCCUGGGAGAGUUUCAGUUUGAGUACAUCGGAGAUGCAAAGACAGAUGACGAGAGAUGCAUUGAUGAGUCUUUGCAAGAGUUCUCCUCAUUCCUCAAAAACCUAGAAGAGCAAAGAGAGUUGAUGAUGAAAAACAUCACAGAAACCUUAAUGAAACCUUUGGAAAAGUUCAGAAAAGAGCAGCUCGGUACAGUAAGGGCGGAAAGAAAGAGGUAUGAAAAAGAAACAGAGAAGUACUACAGCUCUCUGGAAAAGCUUCUGAAUAUGUCAGCAAAGAAGAAAGAGCCCCAGCUACAAGAGGCAGACAUCCAGGUGGAAGCCAUGAGACAGCAAUUUCAGGGGGAGUCGCUGGACUAUGUGUGCAAACUGCAAGAGAUCCAAGAGAGGAAGAAGUUUGAGUGCGUGGAACCGAUGCUGGCCUUCUUUCAGACCGUCUUCACCUUUUAUCACCAGGGCUAUGAGCUUGCCAAGGACUUUGAUCAUUAUAAAACAGAACUGCAGAUCAACAUUCAGAAUACAAGGAGUCGAUUUGAGGGGGCACGGUCAGAAGUGUUCGAGCUGAUGAAGAGAAUCAGAGAGGCACCACAAGAAUACAGACAGACCAGCCCUAUUAGUUGUGAAGGCUACCUCUAUGUACAGGAAAAACGACCACCCCCCUUUGGUUCAAGUUGGGUCAAGCGCUACUGCACAUUUGUCAAAGAGCAGAAGAUCCUGCACAUGGUGACUUUUGACCACAGAUCUGGUGGAAAGAUUGGUGAGACGGAGUCCAUCACACUCAAAUCUUGCCUCCGCAAGACAACUGACAUGUUGGACAGGAGGUUCUGCUUAGACCUCGACAUAACCGAUCGCCCAGGGACAGUGCUUACAGUACAGGCUCUGUCGGAGGAUGACCACAAGUUUUGGAUGCAGGCCAUGGGUGGGAAGGAACCUAUUGGACAGUAUCUUGGGAGGACUUUUUCUAAAGACAGAGGAAUUGAUGCCCAGUUGGAUGAUGUGGGUUUGAAUUUUGUGAAGAAUUCCAUCAGUGCCAUAGAGACAAGAGGUAUUAAUGAUCAAGGCCUGUACAGAGUCGUGGGGGUAAGCUCCAAGGUCCAGAAGCUCCUGUCAUUGAUGAUUGAUGAGAAGAGCAACGAAGUGGAUCUGUCUGCCAGCGAAGACUGGGACGUUAAGACAAUAACAAGUGCACUUAAGCUUUAUCUGAGGAGCCUUCCUGAGCCACUGAUGACCUAUGGACUAUACAAAGAGUUCAUCAGCCCUGCGAAGGGCGGUAGUCCUGAGUCUCGCAUCCAAGCGGUGCACUGCCUGGUCCACAAACUACCAGAGAGGAAUCGACAAGUCCUCGGGCUGCUUAUGAAGCAUCUGGCCAAUGUGGUGGCCCACAGCAAGCAGAAUCUGAUGACCGUGGCCAACCUGGGCGUGGUGUUUGGGCCCACAUUAAUGAGGCCACAGGAGGAGACUGUCGCUGCCAUCAUGGACCUCAAGUUCCAGAACAUCGUGGUAGAAAUCCUCAUCGAACAUCAUGGAAAGAUCUUUGCAGAUGCUCCCGAGUCAUGCCCUCUUUCACCUGCUGCCCCAGUGUUCUCUGCUCCCACAAGGCAGUCCAAGAAAUUGGGUCGACAGAAUCGGCCUUUGGCCGUCUACAAUCCACAAGCCCUUGACAUUCAGAAUGUGUCAGCAGUAGCAGAUUGUUCCAGCCUCACUACAGAGGAGACAUCAAUGGGCAGCAAUGAGUCCGUAUCGUCCCAGUCAUCGUCAGCCUCGGCCUCAGAGACGCCUAUAGAGAAGACUGAUCACCCCCCACUUAGCAGCAGCCUCAGCUCAGGCAGCAACUCCAGAUCCCCUACAGGUCCUGAGCCUGCUCCCCGAGCAUCAGGAGAGAGCCAGCCUGCCGCCACCACUGCUGCUUCUGAAAAAGAAAAGCCAGAGGAGACUGUCACCAGCAGGAAAGCCAAGGCAGUGUACCCAUGUGAGGCUGAGCACGACUCUGAGCUCUCCUUCCAGGUCGGCGCAAUAUUCAACGCUGUGACCCAGUCGAGGGAGCCGGGCUGGCUGGAGGGGGAGCUGGAGGGAAAGAGGGGCCUCAUCCCUGAAAACUAUGUGGAGAUGCUGUAGAACCAAAUGGAAAUAUUUAUGGACAUGUUUUAUCACGUUCACUGGGACGGAGUAUGAAAAGAUGCACGUGCUUCAACUCAACUCACAAUAGAGCUUUUUUUUUUUUUUAUAUAUCCAAAGCCCUGACUUCUCUCAAUCAAAUGACAUUACACGUUAUUAUUGGUGGACUAUUCCAGACACAAGUAUAUCCAUUUCGGCUGGCAAGUACACUUUGUGAUGCAUGUGCAAACAGGAAUUUAUUUCGGUCAAGUGUUCGCAUGAGUUUCACCCGUUGUAACUGCAAAAUGGGAUUGCACUUACAGUGUUCUGCUGUACAUGAAGAUGCUGUAGCCUCGAAAUAUCCAAGUAACUUCGUAGCAGAACCAGAGAAUGAGCGUGCGUCGCUCUCUGCGUCUGCCCACUUAUACAUGGUAUCCAUGAGCUCAAAGUCAAAGGGGGAUCUUCAGAAACUGUAAGGUAGAAUGUCAGCACUGGAGCUCUUGACCCUCUUGACAAUGACGCAAAUUUGUUUUCAGCUGGUUAAAGAUUAGAGAUACCUGUGUGCCUUAGCCAUAAAAACACCACAAGUGUAAAUGUUUGUACGGGUAUGUAUGAAAAUUGGAGUGUUACUGCUUUCACGUAUAUAAUGUUGUAUUCUACUGUUGUUUUCAAGAAUAUCUAGAUAUUGAAAAAUGAGGCACAUCGCUACUGUAAUUUUAUUUUAUUUAAUUGGCGCAUUGAUUGCAUGAGUUUUGAAUUUUUAAUACACUCUGUACUGUUUUGUUCUUGGUGCACUCCCUACAGAAACACAGCGAAACGCCUCCGAUGCCUGAUGAACCCUGUUGUGUUAAACGCUCGCAUCCAGCAGUGUGAACAGAGGUGAAUUUCAGUAGAUAGCAAUGAUUGAAACCAAGUGUUUUCCCUGUCAGAUGAUCUGUUUUCUUUGUUUUUAAAAGCGUAUGUUCAACGUUGCUCGGUUUCUUCGGAGCAGAGAAAUGAGACACUCCCACCAAGUUGAAAUUUUUGUAUUUUACUAUGACUUUAUGUUCAUUAGAAAUCAAUGUUUUAUCAUCAGCAAGACCUCGAAAUGCAGUUCUGAAUAGGAAUUUACAUCAAGUUGUACAUGUGUUCAGCGUUCAUAGCCUAAACUGUAAGGAGUUAUGACCAAGUACAUCUACUGCCGUUAAGUGAUGGGCAGGUUUUAGACUGGUUUUAGCACAUCACAUGAGGUUUCAUCCCUCAGCUGUUCAGAAAAACACUUUUACUUUGGUUCAACGGCUUGUUGGUGUUUUCAAUUGCAGUUACAAGAAUUUAAGACAUUGAUUUAUGAAGUUCAUAAAGGGUCUUGACUUGUCUCUUCUUUUUUUUUUUUUUACCUUUGGGUAUCCUGUUGAUCAAUGUUAAACAAAUAAAGAUUUUUUUCUUUUA